AUGGGUCUCACUAGGCGCCUCCCAAAGCCGGUGCUGGGUGUUUGGUGGAUGUUGGACGAGAGGUCCGAUGGGCACACCGUCCGCAGGCCUGAGGCACUGGGCUGGGCCUGGGAGCAGAUGCUGCACCGGAGGCGGAGCUCGGGGCGCGUGUUCUUAGCGCUAGAGGAGCAAGAAAAAGUGGAGAACAAAACUCCUUUAGUCAACGAGAGCCUGAAAAAGUUUUUAAAUACGAAAGAUGGCCGGCUGGUGGCCAGUCUGGUGGCAGAGUUUCUCCAGUUCUUUCAUCUGGACUUCACCUUGGCCGUUUUCCAGCCUGAAGCUAGCACAUUUCAAGGUCUGGAAGGUCGAGAGAAUUUAGCCCGGGACUUGGGUAUCAUUGAAGCGGAAGGCACUGUGGGCGGACCCUUGCUGUUGGAAGUGAUCAGGCGCUGUCAGCAGAAGGAGAGAGGGCCCGCCCGUGGAGAAGGUGCACUGGAUCUGGCCGAUGCGCAUUCUCCACCACCGUCACCAGAAGGAAAGCUGAGCCCGCACACGGGCCCCAGUAAGAUACCAAGGUAUAAAGGACAAGGUAAGAAGAAGACAAGCGGGCAGAAGUCUGGUGCCAAGAAGGCCGGCAGUGGUGCGAGUGAGAGCGGCUUCACUUCUGGCCAGGAGACGAAAACGGCCGCUCUCCUCAGCAACAAGAGCCUGGACGUCAGAGACACAGCUGGCCCUGGUCCGCAUGAGGAGGACCUGGACGGAGAUUCCUUCUUUGACGACCCCAUUCCCAAACCCGAAAAGACUUACGGUUGGAGGGUGCAGAGGAACGGAUGUGUUUUCCUGUUCACAGGCAAAAGGGGAAACGCCGUUCUGAAAGAUCUGAAGGUGGUGAAUGAUAAAGUCGCAUCCCUUGGAUUAGGUAACUUGACAGCCAGUUCAGGGCUGGGAGAAGACGAUGACUAUAGUGAUGACUUCACUAGCACCAGCCAUCGCUCAGAGAGAAGCGAGCUGAGCAUCGGCGAGAAGAUCGAAGGAAGGACCUUGUCAGCGGAGCUGGACGAGGCCAACACCAGCGACAAGCUCGACGACCUGACGCAGGACCUGACCCUGUCGCAGCUCAGCAACGUCGCCGACUACCUGGAAGACGUCGCCUUCACCUGAGGGAGGAGCGUCGCCACCGCCGAGGACAGACGGAGUCUCCCACCACCUCCGUCUCCCAGGCCGUCCUGGCUGGAGUCUGCUCUGCUGGUGCCUUGUGUUUCAGAACGACUGCAGAGAUUUUUAAAAAUUACUUUUCAUUACACUAAACAGAACCCUCCCUCAGAGCCCACCGGUGGGAGAUUUCGGUCUUAAUCUGGUUACCUGCCCGUUUCACUCAGAAAUGAAUUCUGCUCAGAUGCCUGACAGGAGCGCACCGUGAACAUAGCAGCGUUAGAGCAAAGCGAAGGUGUCAGUAAUGCUGCAGGCCCCGGGCUCGCGGGCACGCGUGGCCUUGGUCCUCUAGGUCCCGCCUGGUUGGUGCGGGCCGGGCUGCAGUCGUGGCAGAAGGAUCGGCCGCCAGAGCCCAGCCCUGGGUGAGACGCUUCCGUCCGGGAGGUGCUGUGGCAGUGCUCGGGGUGCUGCUAGCUCUUCCUCCUAAAGAGCGGGGUGGGGGGGUUCGUUGGUGCGGCUGUCAUGGCGGCGGCGCGUCGCUGCUGUGUCCACGCGAGAAGCCAUCCUCGCAGGCCCCUGAGAGCUGUUACCCUCUGUGACCCCGUCUUGAAACUUUAAAUUCCAAGGCACAUCUGGACCAGCGGCGGUGCUUCCGUCGGGCCUGUGCGUGACUGGGGUCCAGAUGGGAUGGAGCAGGAGCGACGGCUCAGACGUGUCCAGGGGCAGCUUCCUGCUGCCGUUCCACCGUCACCUUAGUGUUUACAGGGGCCACUGAGGCCCACGGUACUGACUGUGGCACGGUUGGGAGUGACGCGUGCCUGUUCGCAUAACUAUAAGUGAAGCUGUGAUAGCAUGGUCAGUUUUGUACUUUUUUAUUUCAAUUAAAUGAUGGCUUUUACUAAAAGUCACCUUUACCAGUAAGAGGAGAAAUUAAUUCAUUGACCUCAGUAGGGGCAGACUCGAUGGUCAGUGUGUGCUGCUCUCCUUUUAUCUCAGCCUCACGGUCACAGGAACACUGCGGCCCUGACGUGGAAGGGAGUGGUAGCGUGAGGAUCAGGUUGUAGAACAUGGGAAUUUGCAUCUGUAAAUUCAGGUGACACUGAGCCAUAAACGCCAGCAGGAGCUAGGACAGCACACGGGCCGGCAGCCUGGACGCGCUGUCCCGCCCUCUGAGUGUGGGGCUGUCGCUGGCGGCCUGGUGCCGCCGCUGGUGCGCUUCCCAUGUCUGUGCCGUGGCUGCGAAGCUUCCAUCUGUCCGCCCUCAGGAACCAGGCAGCCGUGUGACUUGUUAGUUCCGUGCUUGGUGGGAGCUGGACGUCGUGGCAUGGAAGGGCCGCAGGGGAUGGCUUUUACCUUGGGAGGACCAUUUGGACAGUGGACCUGAAAUGUGUCCCUGUGACCAGAGAGUCGGACCUUCAGUCAUCUCGGGGGGAUGGAGAGAUAAUGCCAAACACGGAACUGCUUUCUCAUCAGCCUCCAUUGUAAAUACUCCGCUGUGAAAAGUGUUAUUUCCAUGUGUGUGCUUCGAUGGGACAGGGUUUGAGUGUGCUUAGUGUGCGUGUGUUAGGUGCAUAUUGAAAUACCCGGUGAAAUACGUCUUCAUGGUAAAACCUGUGUUUUACAGGGGGGUUUUCCAAAUGCUAGCUCUCAUUUCAUUGGCGGUGACACGAGUGAAUAAAAAGCUCGCAUCUUUCAUA